GAUUUGCAAAUAACUUUUUCCCCUUAAAAGUCAGAUUAAAAUUUAUAAAAAAGUAAUAAAAUCUUUUACAAAUAGUUUUGUAACUUUUUAUAUUGCAAGAAUCCAACCAAUUUGUUGACCCCAAUGACACCAUUUAAUACCCCUUUUAUUUUAUUAAAUUAUUAAAGCAUGUGACCACUUAAAAACCCAAUACUACACUUCAUCAAUAAUGUUCUAAAUUCUCUCAAAAUCUAGGCAUUCUGCAAUUCAGUUCCUUCCUUUUUGUUUCUAUAUGGUUUUAUCUUCAGGGCAUUAAAGAAAGUGAAAAGACUGAUACCCUCAUUUGUAGAUCUUGAAUGCUUCAAGUUCAUUUUGCAGAAGUUAUUUGGUUCCGGGAUAACGUCCUAAAACCGAUGCAAACAUGAGAGUUGCGAAACAAGGUUCCAAGGGCGAAGGAGGUCGCGGUUUUCACCAUUUGUUCGAUUGGAACUCGAAGCCGAAUAAGAAGUUGGUCUCCAAAAUCGCCAGUUUAUCAGUACAACCGCAGCAGAAAGCGAGCGUCGAUACAAACAUGCAGAUCACUCAGUAUCAUCCGGUGAUUGAAGAUUAUACAACAAGUAGUUUAAUUCUUAAAGGCUGCACAUCAUCACUAAUCGAUGAAGAUGAUAACGGUAAAUCCCCCGGGGUGGUUGCUAGGCUUAUGGGAUUGGAUUCUUUCCCGACUUCAAAUUCGUUCGACACACAGUCAAAGUCAAACCGAUUUUUCGACACUCGAUCUAGGCAAGAUUCUUCUGCAUUACAUGUAGGAAAAGUCUCGGAACUUGAACAGAAAGACAAUCGUCAAGUUGAGCAAAAACGUAAUAUCAUCGAGAAGUUUCAAACCGAAAGUUUACCGCCAAAAUCAGCUCGAUCUGUUAUCAUUACUCAACACAAACUCGUAUCUCCAAUCAAGAGCUCGGGAUUCGUGUCUUUAAACGAUCCGACGCGUAUAAUGGAAGCAGCGUCAAGAAUACCGCUUGUUGGGUCAACUUCGGUUGACGUUUCUAAUCGAAAACUGUCUCCUACAAGGCCCGUGGAGUCAAACGCUGCUAGGAAGCUUAAAGGGCAAUCAAUGAACAAAAGUUGGGACGGAUGUUUAGAACAAAAAGACGGGAAAAAGUCGGUUUCUUUAGCUAUUCAGGCGAAAGUCAACGUUAAAAAACGACAGGGUUUCACUUUGAACGGAGCAAAAUCUCCGAACAAUCAACCAGUUGGUGAAAAGAACACACUCAAGAAACCUGCUACAAACAAAGUGCUCAAACCGAACAAUAAAAAGCAGAAUUGUGUACCCGAUAGAGUAAAAUCUCCCGCAAAAUCUUCGGCAUCUUCUAUGCAUACACAAUCUAGAAAACCGGUUUUUGAUAAGCGCUCGGUGGCUGUAAUCCCGGCGAACAAAACAGUCGAUCGAAGGAAACGUUUAACCGAAGAUGUUAAAAACAAGGGUGAUGCUAAACAAGAUAGAAACGGAAAAAUUGCAGCUAAAUCUAAUGGAAUGGAUGUUAUUUCGUUUACAUUCACAUCUCCAAUUUCCCGAUCGACGGAUAAGAUUAACCGAAAUAGUUUGAGUUCAGCAACCGGAGGUGGUUCGUUAAGUACCCUUUUGGAUCAACAACUACGGGAGUUAACCGCCAUGAGUCCAGCUUCGGUUUAUCACGAAUCGAGAAUCACGAGAACGAUAAUCUUCCAAGACAAAAGAAACCAAGACGGAACCAGUAAAGACGCUCAAGUAGCGGGUCAAGAAUUCGGUGCAGUUUUCUCAACGAUACUGACGAAAACCGAAGCUGAUCCCGAAUCAUUUGGCAAUGAGUCAGAACGCGUGUACAUAAAGAACAUACUUACAAACAUCGAGUCGAUGUUUGAGGAUUUUACGUUAAACAGGACCAGCAAGAUUGUGAACCCACAUCUGUUUGAUCAACUAGAAGCUCAAAAACCGGUUUUUGACAAGAAACACGAGACGAAGUUAAGGCGUAAGCUCGUGUUUGACUGUGUGAGCGAGUGCGUUGACUCGAGAUGUGCGGUUUGGUUAAGAGGUUUAGCAGUUGUAACAAGAAAAGACCGGUUGGUUGAAGAUGUGUGUAAUAAGGUCAAUGAGUGGGAACAGAUGAAAGAUUGUAUGGUGGAUGAGCUUGUUGACAAGGAUAUGAGUUGUGGUCAACAUAAAAAGUGGCUCGAUUUUGACUUGGAAGCGUUUGAAAUCGGAGUUGAGAUUGAGGGGCGACUACUUGGGUCGUUAAUCGAUGAGGCUAUUGUUGAUAUGUUGGUAUCGUAGGUAUGAUCGAAUGCACAAAAUCUUGUUGAUUGAUCUUAAGUUUAUGGUUUUUUUUAUGCCAAGAUAGUAUUUAUUUUUGUAAAUUAAUUUCAAGAAAUUCGAUGUUUUAGGCUUUUCGGUUGAUUUUGUUGUGAAUUCUUUUUGAAUGAUAAUAAGCAAAUUCAUGUA